AUGAGUACAGGGAGAGAUAUUCGUAUCCCAUACAAGAGCGUCUUGAACCCAGACCUUGAUCGAGCGGCGGCACAACAUUGGCAAUGGAUUAAAGAUGCGGAGUUGAUCACGAGCCCAGAGGCCCAGAAAGCGUACGAGGCCACCGACUUUCCUCGCCUUGUCGCUUACACCUACCCAUCUGCAUCUAAGACCCAGCUAGAUCUUAUCACAAAUUUGAUAGGAUGGUCUUUUAUACUGGACGACUCGCUGGACAAACCAGGUAUCCUCAAAGCCUCGCCAACAAAAACUGCCGAGGCUCUGGAUAAAUAUCGCAAAGUCCUGGAUGGCUACGAUCCUGAAUCCCCGGAGAUCCCUUUAGUGACGGCUUGGAGGAAACUUCUGAGUUGCGUUAGUGAACGAUCAUCUGAAGCUCUAAAGGCUCGGCACCGGGCUCAUUGGGAGAGCUUGUUUCAAGGCUUUCAGCAAGAAGCAGAGAAUAAUGCUAGCGGAAUUGUCCCCGGGUUCAAUGAAUAUCUGGAGUUGCGACGGGCUGCUGGUGGGGUAGAGAUUUGCCUUGACUGGGCGGAAGCAAUUGGCGGCUUUGAGGUUCCCAGCAUUGUUCACAGCGACCCAAGAUUUCUCCGACUUCGGGAAGACGCCGAUGAUGUGGUCAGCAUGACCAAUGAUAUCUUCUCCGUUCGAAAGGAAUAUGAUGCUGGGAAUACCGAUAAUGUUGUCUUAGUGCUCGCAAAGCAAGAGCAAUGCACGUGGCAGCAAGCCAUAGAAGUCGCCGUGGAACUCAUUGCGAAAACUGUUGCGCACUAUCAAACAACCGAAGCCGAAUUUCUUCAAAGCACUCGUUUUACCGAGCUUGAACCUCGAGAUCAGUCAAAUGUUUUCAAAUUUCUCGACGCGAUGAAGUCCUGGAUGGGCGGAAGUCUCGAAUGGCACCUGAGCAGUCCGCGGUACCAAUAA